AUGACAUCAGCUGGAUCGGAAACUGAUUUGGUAUCAUCUGGACACAUUAUCAAGAAUAGAUGGCGUGUUCUCAAAAAAAUUGGAGGUGGAGGCUUUGGCGAAAUUUAUGAGGCUCAAGAGGAAAAUUCUCGAGAGAAGGUUGCGUUGAAAUUAGAGUCAACUCGGCAAUCGAAGCAGGUUCUGAAGAUGGAGGUAGCCGUACUUCGCAAACUGCAGGAUAAAGACCAUUUCUGCAAAUUUCUCGGCUGCGGUCGUACCGAGAAGUAUAAUUACGUUGUGAUGUCUCUCCAGCAGGUGACCUUGGAUCUGCACCUGCCUGCAUAA